AUGUCAGAACCGAUGGAAGUGGACGAAGAUGAAGUACAGAGACAAAGGAGAAAGUAUGAAGUAUGUAUAAUGUGUUAUAUUUGUAAUUUUUAGAAAAAUAGAUGACAACAAUACAUUUUAUAGGAAAGACGUAGACAAUUAGAGGAAGAGGAACGUAGAGCAAAAUAUGAAGGGUUAUUAUCAGAUGAAGAUGUUGACGACGAUACCUUUAUUACAGCCAGACAAAAGAAGAAAGAAUUGGUGGGUUAGAGUAUUUAUUGUGAUUUUUUUAUUGUUUUAGGCAACAAGCAUUAUUAAAUAUUAUGUUUUAUACGAAAUAAUUUGAUAUGUAUUUUAAACGUUGAUAAAAAAGUACUGUAUAUGUUAUUUUAGGCAAAACGAAGGUUACUACUUAAUAAUGUAUUGAGAAAUAAACAAGAUGUAGUUGAAGAAGUUGAUGAUCUAGUCGAAGAGAAGAAACGUCGGAUAGAGAGGGAGAAGGAGGAGGAAGAAAAGAGGAAAACAUUGUUGGAAAAGCAUAAUGAACGACUUCAGAAGGAGCAAGGCAAGUAACAACCCUUUCUUUGUCCUUUUGAAAUUUAAAUAUGAAAAUUAAAAAUAAUAAACUUUGAUUACAGACGAAGAAAUAGAUGAAGUAGAGAAGAAGAAACGUGAAGAAUCUCAGUUACUGGAAAAUGUUUCAAAAUCAGGAGCGUUAGUGACAGUCGGCGAAAUGGCCAGAGGCGUCAAGUACGAAGAACAAAUAAAAACUGCCUGGAAACCGCCCUUACACAUACGAAGACAGUCAGAAGAAGAUACAGAAGCUUUUCGUAAACAAAAAGGCAUAAAAGUGGAAGGAGAACAAGUACCAGCGGCGAUCGGUACUUUUGCUGAGAUGAAGAUACCACCAUGUAUUCUAAAUGCUAUGAGGCAAAAAGGAAUUAUUCAACCGACGGUGAUUCAGAUGCAAGGAAUUCCUGUAGCUUUAACUGGACGUGACAUGAUUGGCAUUGCAUCAACGGGUUCAGGAAAGACGUUGACAUUUGUUCUGCCAUUAGUAAUGUUUUGUGCUGAGCAAGAGUUGAGGAUGAGGUUUGAAAAAGGAGAAGGACCUUAUGGAUUGAUCAUAGUACCAUCGAGGGAGUUAGCUAAACAGAUUUUUGAUGUUGUAAAGUGGCUGUUUGAAGCGUUGGAAAACGAUGACGAUCGGAUUAGUUGUCGUGCUGGAUUGGCUAUUGGUGGAGAGACUUUUAAGGAUCAGGCGAGGAAUUUUAGAUAGUAAGUGAUUUUAUAUUAAAUUUUUGAAGUUUAGGGUAAAAAGCAAGACAUUGAAAUACGUUUUACAUUCAUAUUUAAAAAGACAGUUAUAUCACGUAUUUUCAGUGGAGUUCAUAUAUGUGUAGCUACGCCAGGGCGAUUAAGUGACCUAUUGAAUCAUAAAGUAUUCAAUCUUCAAGUAUGUCGAUACUUAUGUUUGGACGAAGCUGAUCGUAUGUUAGACAUGGGAUUUGAAGAGGAAUUGAAGGGUAUUUUCUCUUACUUUAAAGUAAGCUUAACUUGUUUUUAAUUUUUUUUGAGGCUAUAUAGUUAAUAUAUGUCUCUACUAUAACAUUAUUUUGUCUAUAACAAGUGUUUUAGACGUCCUAUAACAUGACUAUUUUAGGGCCAACGUCAAACCCUCCUAUUCUCAGCCACAAUGCCGAAAAAGAUUCAGAAUUUUGCCAAAUCAGCUUUAGUAAAGUCUGUUGUUGUAAACGUUGGCCGAGCAGGUGCAGCAUCAUUAAAUGUGACACAAGAAAUUGAAUAUUGUCGUACUGAGGACAAACUAACAAAGAUAUUGAGUUGUCUUCAGAAGACACCGCCGAAAGUGUUGAUCUUUGCUGAAAAGAAGGUGGACGUGGAUAAUAUUUAUGAGUAUUUGUUGUUGAAAGGAGUCGCUGCUGCUUCUUUACAUGGUGGAAAAGGUAAGGAGUUGAUCUUUUAAUGGAGAAUGUUAUUUUUGAAUGCAUAACAGUAUUAAUCGUAUUUUACCACAUUUUUUAUAAAGUAUGAUAUUGUUUUAGAUCAAAAAGACCGUCAUUUGGGAGUGGAGAAAUUCAGAGAAGGCAGAAAAGAUGUUCUCGUAGCUACUGAUGUUGCUUCAAAAGGGUUGGACUUUGAAAACAUUCAACAUGUUAUCAAUUAUGACAUGCCAGAGGAUAUUGAAAAUUAUGGUAUGUUUUUAAAUUUUAAGUAUUUUGUGUUUUGUCACCUAAAAUAAUAAAAUCCUUUUCAGUACAUAGAAUUGGAAGAACAGGAAGAUCAGGCAAGCGCGGCCUAGCAACAACUUUCAUCAACAGAAAAGCCGACUUGUCUAUCUUGGCCGAUCUAAAACAUUUGUUACUGGAAGCCGGUCAGAAAUUGCCAGUCUUCCUCAAAGAAAUCGCCGUAGACCAAGAAGAACACGAUGAUAACUACGAUGAUGAAGGAGAAGAUAAGGGAUGUUCUUAUUGUUCAGGUCUUGGCCAUCGUAUUACGAAUUGUCCAAAGCUGGAGUCGGUACGAACAAAAGCGGCCAAUACGUUAUUACGACCGGAUAUGUCUGCUCAAGAAGGAUUGUAA